UGGGAGAAGCAGGCCAAACAGAAUGUAAACCAGUCACGGGCUGUUUGGAGGAGGGGUCUCCGUUAUAAAAGUCUGUCCGACAAUCAACCUUGUUUCCACAGGCACGAUGAUGAAGCUGGGAAUAUUGGUAGCUGUUGCUGUGUUUCUGGAGACGGUCUCUGCGUCCUCCCUCGGAGUGGUGUACACUGAGGGAGGGAUGGUGGAGGGCGAGCAGAUCCGUCUUGGGCUCUUCAGUAGCAUGGAUGUCUUCAGGGGGAUUCCUUUUGCUGACAUCCCUCAAAGGUUUCAGAAACCAAAACGUCACCCUGGCUGGGACGGUGUUCUGAAGGCCACUGAGUUCAGGAACAGAUGCCUUCAGGUGAACCUUAUCAUGACUGACACAAGAGGCAGUGAGGACUGUCUGUACCUCAACAUCUGGGUUCCUCAUGGCAGCUCAGUGUCCACAGGUAUGGCCGUCAUGGUUUGGAUCUACGGAGGAGGCUUCUUGGCUGGAGGCUCUAUGGGAGCUAAUUUCCUGGAUAACUAUCUGUAUGAUGGGCAGGAGAUAGCAGACAGAGGCAAUGUCAUUGUGGUGACACUGGGAUACCGUGUGGGAACUCUGGGCUUCCUGAGCACUGGGGAUUCUGAUUUGCCUGGAAACUUUGGUCUCUGGGACCAGCAGGCUGCUAUUGCCUGGGUGCACAGGAACAUCCGUUCUUUUGGAGGAGACCCCGACAACAUCACCAUGUUUGGAGAGUCUGCAGGGGGAGCUAGUGUCAGCUUCCAGACACUCACUCCACACAACAAAGGAAUGAUCAGGAGAGCCAUCUCCCAGAGUGGGGUUGCACUCUGCCCCUGGGCUAUCAACAAAAACCCCCGCAAAUAUGCUGAGGAGAUUGCCCUGAAGGUCAACUGCCCCACCGAUGAUUCUAUGGCUGCCUGUUUGAAGAUGACUGAUCCUGUGACUCUUACCUUGGCUGGCAGUAUCAGUAUCGUCAGUUCACCUGAUAACCCCAUUGUGAACAACCUGCUCCUAUCUCCUGUGGUCGACGGCGACUUCCUGCCUGAUGAGCCUCAUAAGCUGUUCCACAAUGCUGCUGAGAUCGACUACAUCGCUGGAAUCAAUGACAUGGACGGACACCUCUUCACUGGUGUGGAUGUUCCUUCAAUCAACUCCCACCUGGUGGACACACCUGUUGGGGAUUUGAAGAGGCUAUUGGCUUCAUACGUUAAGGAUGGUGGCCCUCUAGCUCUAGACAAUGCUUACUCCACAUAUACCUCAACCUGGGGAUCAAAUCCUAACAAGGAGACAAUCAAGAAAACUGUUGUGGAUGUUGGAACAGACUUCAUCUUCCUGGUUCCUACUCAGGCUGCCCUCUACCUUCAUGCUACCAAUGCCACAACCGGCCGUACUUACUCCUACCUGUUCUCUCAGCCCAACCGUUUGGGUGGCAUCGGGAGACCCUACCCCAGCUGGAUUGGAGCCGACCACUCUGAUGAUCUGCAGUAUGUGUUUGGAAAACCUUUCACCACACCCCUUGGUUACUGGCCAAGCCACCGCUACGUCUCCCGCUACAUGAUCAACUACUGGACCAACUUUGCUAAAACGGGGGACCCCACCAAAGGAGAGAAAGUGCCCACUAACUGGCCUGAGUUUACCAUCAAUCAUCAUUACCUGGAGAUCAAUUCUGAUAUGGACAAGGGCUAUGUGAGACAGCAGUUGAGAAUGCGUUAUGUUCAUUUCUGGACAAGCGUCCUGCCCAACCUUCCUCUCAUCUCAGAAUAAAUAAUCAGUGCAAUCACCUGCACAUCAAGACACCUUAAGCAAUUCAUCAGUAAUAUCUCCUGAAGAAAUAAAUGGAUCACAAGGCAAA